GGCGGAGCUUCGAGGCGCGCCUCCCGUCCAAGCUGCCCCGCAGCCUUCCUCCCGCCUGCUGGUCCGCCGGCUCCCAAGAGCCCCAGAAGAUCGCUGAGAAGAGUUUCUUUGCCCUGUUCUUAGUCUCCCGUGUCUGCUAGUGGUUAUAGGUUCAGAGAAAAAUGGAGAGAAAGGUACAGACAUUGCCCAUCUGCUCUCCGUCCCUGCACAUGCUCAGCCUCGCAGCCUGCCCGUUUUCAACGUCCCCCAGCAGAACGGUAGGUUGCUGCAAUCAGUGAACCAACACUGACGCAUCAUAAUCACUCAAAGUCUAUAGUUUAGAGUUCACUCUUGGUGUUGUCCAUUCCAUGGGUUUGGAUAAAUGUUUGUUUGAUGACAUAUAGCCACCAUUACAGUAUCAUACAAGAGUGUUUUCUCUGUCUUAAAAAUCCUCUGUGCUCCCAGAAAGGCCUACUUUUAAUCUCAGGAAUAAAGGUUUCCUGGAGUCAGCUCCUAACCCUUUUCAGCCUUCCACCCUGGCUGUGGUCCUGGCCUGCUGGUCAUAGCUUUGCUGGGCCCAGAAUAUACCCCCCAGGGCGCCCUAGACAGGCUGCUUCCACCGGGAGCCCAAGCCAGUAUUUCAUCUCUCCCAGGUCCUCCCUGUCCAAGGCCCAAGCCAACCUCCCAACCAGUGGGAUUUAUAAUCCAGUGCUCCCCAGGGCUAGCAGAAUCCCCUGUGGACAGACAGAAACAGGACUGAAAGAAAGGAGUCCCAUGGCCAUGGGUCACAGUCACCGCUGCUGGCUGCAGCCCCGUAACAGUGAGACGUGUGUACCAUUGUAUUUCUGCAUUUGGCUGAGGACAGCAAGUUGAGCAAUCACCUGAUAAACAUUGACCCUAGACUCCAAUCGUUCUCACAUCCAGGACGGGAAAACUGAGGGGAAGAGAAGAAACCAGUUUAACUAAAAAACAAGAAAACCAUACUUAUUCUUGCUUUUCUUAUCAGGAGGGCUUGAUUAAAAUAGCUAAUUCAAAAUAAAAACAAUUUAAAUCAGAAGCAAAUGUAAGGAAGUCCAAAUUUUCCAAAGAAGAUGGUACUAAUUGUUUGGAAAGCUCUAGUUAUUAUCCCUGUCCAGGGAAACUGAUUAGUUUCCCUCCCCCACCCCCUCCUCCUCCCCUUUCCUUCUGCCAAGACCCAGCUGUACUGUUGUCAGAAGCACGUGCCUAGUCUACUCCCCACGUCUGCUGCAGAGCAUCUUUUAAAAAAAAGUAGAAGAAACAGAUCCUGUGAAACCCACUGCUUUUGGCUUUUGUCUACUCUUUUCACUUGACUUGAGAGCUGGAACAGCCAUCAGGGUCCCCCCUGGGAACGUGAAGGGUCAGGCUGCGGAGUGAGGGGCUGCUGGUUCCUGGCAGUAACCCAUUUUCUGGCUCCCGGUCAGCUGUCAGUCCUAAGGCUAGAGCUGCAGGUCACACUCCCCUGCAGUAGGCUCAGCCCCCUCACCCCUCCCUCUUCCUCUCUCCCAGCAUGCCCCCUCUCACCUCCACACGCUGGCCCUCACUCAUCAUCCAGUCAAGUAACACUGUCCAGGAAGGUGGCUUAGACAAAGGAAGACAUGUUAGGAGAUCUAGGUUUGAAUUAACUUAGCCCCAGAGGCCAUAGCACAGAGAGCGUCAGAUGCAUGAAUUUGCACAGAACCAGUUAGACAAAGCAGAUACUAGCAGCAUUCCUCCCCUUCUCCAGCUUUUUACAGUGAAGACAUGAGAGAAAAAAGUGGGGGCAUGUAAUGAGAGUAAAUACGGUAAUCGGUUCAUUUGCUAGCUGGAGCUCUGGACUUGGGACUUAGGAGUGCCGGAUGGGGGCCACGCAGAGCCUACGUCUGACCUGAACUGAAAUGUAGGUGAGAGACAAGAUUGGCUCACAUCCUGGGAAACAACCUAUGACUAGGGAAGUGGAAGCACUGCUUCACUCAAGCAGGAGCCGGAGCCUCUGCCCGAAGUGUUCACUACUGCAGAAAGCAAAAGAUUAAGGUAAUGCUCCAGUCUUCACCAAGGCAAGGACUUCAGGGGUACUGAGGUUCUGAUUGAUCCAUUGUUCCUGCUUAUUCAAAGCGGACCCCAAAGGAGAAGUCACAGCAAAGAAGUUGCCACCAAGCAGUUGGUUCUCCACAGUUCUAUCGGUCACAGGCCAUCCCAGAUUCCUCGUGCGAGAGGACAGCACUAGGGUGUGGAUCCCAGGAGGUGUGGUUUGCUGGAAGCUGACUUCGGAGCAAAGCUGUCAUGGGUUCUCCAACUGCGGCUUCAUAAGGAUAUGAGAGAAUGAACUACAGAAUGUACCAGAUCUGUUUACUUAACAGUAAACUUAGGCAAAACAAAGUAAAAGUUACACAAAUGCUAUGAGACCAAGAGGCCUGGAAGCAAACCUGGAGGUGAGACCUGGAGAAAGCUGGAACCAUGCUGACCCUGUGUCCUACAAAGAAGCAGAUUCAGCUCCCGGAAAGCCAGGCAUCAGUGCAGAUGAGGGAGAUGGGGGUCUCCAAAUCUGCCGUGUAUGCGGGGAUAAGGCGACUGGUUACCACUUCAAUGUCAUGACAUGUGAAGGAUGCAAGGGCUUUUUCAGGAGAGCCAUGAAACGCAACACCCGGCUGAGGUGUCCCUUCCGGAAGGGCACCUGCGAAAUCACACGGAAGACCCGGCGCCAAUGCCAGGCCUGCCGCCUCCGCAAGUGCCUGGAGAGCGGCAUGAAGAAGGAGAUGAUCAUGUCCGAUGCGGCUGUGGAGCAGAGGCGGGCUCUGAUCAGGAGGAAAAAGAGAGAACAGAUGGACACCCAGCUGGUGGGAGCCAAGGGUCUGACUGAGGAGCAGCAGACAAUGAUCAGAGAGCUGAUGGAUGCUCAGACGAGAACCUUCGACACCACCUUCUCCAAUUUCAAGAAUUUCCGGCUGCCAGAAGCGCUCAGCAGUGGUGGCGAGGUUCCGGAAUCUCUGCAGACUCCAGUGGGGGAAGAAGCUGCCAAGUGGAGCCAGAUCAGGGAAGACCUGUGCUCACUGAAGGUCUCUCUGCGGCUGCGGGCAGAAGAUGGCAGCGUCUGGAACUACAAACCCCAGGCUGACAGCUGCGGGAGAGAGAUCUUCUCCCUGCUGCCCCACAUGGCUGACAUGUCAACCUACAUGUUCAAAGGCAUCAUCAACUUUGCCAAAGUCAUCUCCCACUUCAGGGACUUGCCCAUCGAGGACCAGAUCUCCCUGCUAAAGGGGGCCACCUUUGAGCUGUGCCAGCUGAGAUUCAACACGGUGUUCAAUGCAGAGACGGGAACCUGGGAGUGUGGCCGGCUGUCCUACUGCCUGGAAGACCCCGCAGGUGGCUUCCAGCAGCUUCUCCUGGAGCCCAUGCUGAAGUUCCACUACAGGCUGAAGAAGCUGCAGCUUCAUCAGGAGGAAUACGUGCUGAUGCAGGCCAUCUCCCUCUUCUCCCCGGACCGCCCAGGGGUGGUGCAGUGCAGCGUGGUGGACCAGCUGCAGGAGAGGUUCGCCAUCGCCCUGAAGGCCUACAUUGAGUGCAAUCGGCCCCAGCCUGCCUACCGGUUCCUGUUCCUGAAGAUCAUGGCCAUGCUCACCGAGCUUCGCAGCAUCAAUGCCCAGCAUACCCAGAGGCUGCUGCGUAUCCAGGACAUACACCCCUUCGCUAGCCCCCUCAUGCGGGAGUUGUUCAAUAUCACAGAUGGCUGAGCAGCUGCCGCCUUGGGAGAGCCUCCGAGGGGCAGCUGGAGCCGGAGUCCUGCCCUUGGAGCUGCCAUUCCUGGGACUAGAGUGACGGAUGCCGCUGAGAGCUGACGGUGCCCUUCAGGCCCUGCCUUCCCAGGGAACUCACAGCCGCAGCUCUGACAGCGCUACCCAGCAUUCCUCAGGAAAGGGACGAGGGUCUCACCAGGCCCCACUGCAGUCUGGGGAGAGUGAGGCCGUAGACACUUGAUGGAGAGCGCACUGGCCUAUAGGUCAGGCCCAUCCAGAGGCAAGACAACCCUCCCCUUAGAAAUAGCCCUGUGGUCUGGGCAUCUAGUGUCAUGGUGGGAGAGGGGAAAGGGUGACUGAGGCUGGACCAUCCGAGAAUCUGUGCCCACACUCAGGUUCAUUAGCUCCUGGAUGUUUUCACUAAGUUCCCCUGUGUUCCCCACUCCAGUCAUUCCCCAACCCGCAGCCUCCUGUCCUGAGCUGCUCAGUGAGUUCCAGGCCUGUGUCCAUCAGCAGGUGCGUUCGUGUCUGUGAGAGAAGCCAGAAGGUCUACAGCAAAUGUCAGAGGCUUGUCAUGACCUCUGUGUCUAUUCUUUCUUCCUUCUGGAUCCUUCAUUCUGUGUCUUUGCAUCCAUGCAAACACAUUAGUAAGCACCAACGAUAUGCAGCUUGCUAUGGGGGAUAUGCCGACUCAGACAUAGUUCCUGACCUCCAAGACUUUCAAGUUCAACUUAAGAAAACAAAGCAGACACACAAAGAGCUUUGAUCUAAAGGCGUGGUAAGGGCCAGAAGAAGCACAAGGAAUUUCUUCCUGUGAAUGCUGAGCUAUGUGGGGUUCUGCAAGUACCGGGCGACCCAAGUGAGGAUCUCCAGAACAUGCGUUCGUGGGAGGAAGGGCACUAACUUGCUGUGUGCACAUGUGUGUGACUUAGUGUAGGUCUGCUCCACGUCUGACUGGGGCUUGGGUUUGCCCCUGAGGCUGGAACACUGGGGUGCUCCCUGCGACAAGGUUGACAGGCAGUUAAUAAACGUGCUAGCUAUGCAUGCACUCUAGGUUCCUGUUUGCACAUCUCCUUUGAAAGCUAAAGAAUAUGAAAGUGGAUGCUUUGUUUAUAGCCAUUUUGAGUAAGAAUGUUUUUGCCUUUUGUGCAAAUUACAUUUUGACUAAUUUUAAGGCAUCCUACACCUAAGGACAAGACUUGGCAAAUAUGUUCCUGAGUUUAGUGGCAAAUCAAGGCAAGAGGACUUGAAUAAUUAAUUUUUGGCUUAAGAUUUAAACCUUUUUUUUGCCUUCUUUCCUGGGGAAAAAAAGAAAUGUGGGUGUGGGAAAACAAAUAUUAUUAUAUAAUAUACAUAUCUAUUUCUUCAUUACUUCUUUAUUACAGUACAAAUGUUUUACUAUUGCCCUUUAUACAUCCAAAGGCUGUUGGUGUAAAAACAAAAAUGAUUUAACGGUUUAGCUUAUAAAAAUAUUCCAUAUAAAAAUCCAUAUAAAAAUGACACACCCCAUAAUAUGGUAUAUGUGUUGGUGUAUAUAUACCAAAAUUAAAAAUGUAGUAAUUGAAUUAAUUUUUAAUGUCUAAUGUUUUGAGGCAAAUGAAGCUACAAGUUAACUGAAUUUUAAGGAACAGAGACUUGUUUAGCUUUUACCAUUUCACAAGAAGGAGGCCAGACUUUGAGAACAUAAGAAAUCAUUAACACUCUAAGUGAAAGCAAGCAGACAUAUUCCUUGCCAUUUCCCCAGAUUUCCCAGCCUCUUCUGCAUUAAGGGUAUAGAACACACUCAUUUUUAGAAAAGAAACUGGGCGGGGGGGGAGCUUCUCUCUCCAAAUACAAUGAAUACAGGUUUUGUUCCCAGGAAUUUUGUCUAAUUACACUCAUUGGGAAAUAUACAUUUUAUUCAACUGUAUUCAUAAAUCAUAUGCAUCUCCUCUUCCCCAUUGAAAUAAUUUUGAGUGUGCUAUUCACUCAAGAGCCCAAAAUGAUUGCUAAGUAUAGGCUACAGUAAGGCAAAAUUAAGGUGGGAUAUAAACUCCCAUGUCCUAGUAUUGACUUUAAAAAUACCUGGGUAGCUGAGUUGAUAUGUACAUAGGAUUUAUAUAUUUUUUCAAAAUUAUUGUAGUCCAAGUGUAGUUAAGAUUCAAGGUGAGAUACACCAAAUUGCUCACACAGGGAUACUUCAAUAGUUUUGUGGAUCUUGACUUUAUAGGGCUAGGAGCCGGAUUCCACUUAGCUACUCUCAAACAUUUGGAUUGCUCCAUUACUUCCUUUCCUGUGCCUUUGAACACAUAGAACUAAGUGUUAGUUUCUAGGCACCCCUGUGGCUGCUGUUCGUUUUCGAGGUCUUGUCUUAGGUGAGGAUGGAGUCCGUCUCCAAAGCUCAGGAGAAAAGUCCUUCUAAGUAAGUACUGCUUGCCUUCUGGCCCCCUCAUGAGCCAGAGGCACUCAACAGCCAAGCUCUAUCCGGCCCAGACAUUAAGGACCCAAUUAAAGCAUUGACGUCGGAAUCCGGGGAUGUACUGUAUGGUGAUUAACAUAAUAUAAUA